AUGUCAGACGAAACUCGAAAAUGCCGCCAUGGUAACGAAACAGCCGAGCCUUGCCAGUCCUGCAAGACAGAAAGGCGAGAGCAGCUCAAGUACAGGUGGAAGAUUAUCCUCGGACUUUUUCUACCCUUUGCUAUUUCGGCCCUCGACGUCACCAUCAUCGCCAGCGCAUUGCCAUGGAUCGCCGACGACUUUGACCAACUGUCUCAGCUCAACUGGAUCAUCUCAUCCUUCAACUUGACAGCGGCCGCUUUCAUUCCAUUCUGGGGCCAGAUGGCUGACAUUUUCGGUCGACACGCAUCUAUUCAGGCCUGCAUGAUUAUCGCCAUCGUUGGCGGCGCUCUGUGUACAGGCGCACCGACCAACGCAUUUCCAAUGCUGCUUUUUGGGAGAGCACUUCAAGGCAUAGGCUGCGCUGGUAUCAAUGUGGUUGUUCGGGCUAUUGUAGCCGACAAAGUGUCACUACAAGAGGAUGCAAAGAACUGGUCCAUCUUUUCCAUGGUGGCAGGCAGUUCCUACUCAGUCGGGCCUGUAAUUGGAGGUUACUUGACCAACACUAACUGGCGAUGGUGUUUCGGAAUCACACUUCCAAUCGGAGUUGCUGGAUGUAUCAUUACCUUCAUCGUUCUUCGCAAGGAGCUGCUUGGACCUCAACCUAUCCCACAACUCGAGGAGACGACAGAGACUGGCCGUCGAACGACCUUCAAGCAGCGUCUCAAGACAAUUGACAUCGGAGGACAAGUUCUGUCCCUUUUUGGAUUUGGCUUGCUUAUCCUCGCAUUCACAUGGGCCGGAUCAACAUACGCCUGGGACAGCCCAGCCAUUAUUGUGCCCCUGGUCUUUGGCGGCCUCAUUAUUGGUUCAUUCGUGCUGUGGCAAUACUACAUGACUCCAGGUCGAAUAUUGGAGAGGAAGUUCCCACAACAACAGGCCAUGAUCCCGUGGGAAGUACUCAGGAAUCGUGACAUAGGCUUGCUUUUCUAUACUUCCUUCGCUUCUGGAAUGGCCAUGUACUCCGUGCUCUACUUUUGCACCCUGUACUUCACUAUGGUUAAACAGCUGCUUCCGAGCGAGGCAGGACGGCAGUUGUUAUUCUUCGUUCCAGGAUUAGGAACUGGGGUCUUCAUUGCGAUUCUCAUGUGCAACUACUCCCCCCGUCAGACCUGGCAUCCAAUAAUGCUUGGAGCUGUUAUCGAAGCCAUAGGCCUUGGCGUACUAGCAUGGGCAUUGUGGAAGGAGCACGAUCCAACGGUCUACGGCAUGAUGGUAUUGACAGGUGUCGGUAUAGGUAUUCGUCUAAUGCCAGUUCCACUACACGGCAUGGCCUACUUUCCCAAGAGAAUUGCAGCUGUCAUCUCGUUAAUGGAAGUCUCGGACCCAUUUGGUGGUACACUGGGCUUGACUAUUAUGACCACCGUCUUGAACAACGUGGCUGGCGUGGGCGACCUUGGAGACUCGGCAGGCUACGACUUUACGGAGUUCUCUGAUAUGGGUGAGGAAGAGAUGGAGAAUUUACGACAGCGGGCAAAGAAAGGCAUCGUUUUGGCCUUUGUUGCCAUAUUCCCCUUCAUGGUGCUGUGUGUUAUCGCCUCGGCCUUUCUCGGCAACGUUUACAUCAGUACAGAUGCAUCCGACGAAGACGAACAGUCAAACGUCAUUUACCAGGGCGUUUUCUUUUGGUCGUGGGUCAGAGGGAAGAAGGUCGACGAGAGCUCACAUCUAGUCACCACGACGAGGCGAGCUACCUGGAGGGGAGAACAGGAAAUGCUUCCAGGUGUAAACGGCUCAUCAAAUACAGAGGAGGUUUGCAAAUAG